GCGGAUCUGAGCAUUAACCUGCAGGACGACAGCAGCUUCUUCUAUGGUGUGUCCAGUCAAUAUGAGAGUUCAGAGAACAUGAUCAUCACCUCCUCCACUAAAGUCUGCUCAUUCGGCAAACAGGUGGUGGAAAAGGUGGAGACGGAGUACGCACGCUUCGAAAGUGGCAGAUACGUGUUCAGGAUCCAUCGCUCACCACUGUGCGAAUACAUGAUCAACUUCAUCCAUAAACUCAAACAUCUGCCGGAGAAAUACAUGAUGAACAGCGUACUUGAAAACUUCACCAUUCUGCAGGUUAUAACCAACAGAGACACUCUAGAAACCUUACUAUGCAUCGCUUACGUGUUUGAAGUGUCCACCAGUGAACAUGGAGCCCAACAUCACAUCUACAGACUGGUGAAAGACUGAAACCCACUGUGCUGAUUGCAGAUGGCAGACGCAACAGAGCCACAACGGCUCCUACAGUCACAACCCACAGGCUGGACCACAACCUACAGGCCAAAAACCACAACCCACAGGUCCAAAACCACAAACUACAGGCACAAAACCACAAACUACAGGCCAAAGCCACAGCCUACCGGCCAAAAAACACAACCUACAAGCCAAACCACAACCCACAGGCUGGAGAAAAAUAUACAGGCCAAAGCCACAACCCACAGGUCCAAAACCACAACCUAUAGACUGGAGACCAACCCACAGGCACAAAACCACAACCUACAGAACAUAAACCACAACCGAUAGGCCCAAAACCACAACCCACAGGCUAGAGAACAACCUACAGGCCAAAAGCCACAGCCUUCAGGCUGGAGAACAACCCACAGGCCAAAAACCACAACCUACAGGCCAAAAACCACAACCCACAUGCUGGAGAACAGCCUACAGGCCAAAAGCCACAACAUACAGGCUGGAGAACAACCCACAGGCCAAAAACCACAACCUACAGGCCUAAACACAACCCACAAGCCAAAAGCCACAACCUACAGGCCAAAAACCACAACCCACAUGCUAGAGAACAGCCUACAGGCAAAAAGCCACAACAUACAGGCUGGAGAACAACCCACAGGCACAACUUACAGGCCAAAAACCACAACCUACAGGCCAAAACACAAUCUACAGAACAAUAAACACAACCUACAAGCCAAAAGUACAACCCUCUGGCCAAAAAACAUUGCUGGAGAAAAACAGGCUGGAGAACAACAUACAGGCCAGAAACCAAAACCUACUGGCUGGAGAACAAACUACAGGUCAAAAACACAACCUACAGGCCAAAUUCAACCUACAGGGUCAAAACCACAACCCGAAGGCCAAAGAGCACUGCUUACAGGCCAAACACACACACACACACACACACACACACACACACACACACACACACACACACACACACACACACACACACACACACACACAACCUAUAGGCAAAUAAACAAUCUACAGGCCAAAGAUCAUAACCUACAGGCCAAAACACACAGCAUAUAGGCCAAAAACAAAACCUACAUGAUAAAAAACAGCCUACAGGUCAAAUCCACAACCUACAGGUCAAAUCCACAACCUACAGGCCAAAUCAACAACCUACAGGCCAAAACCACAACCUACAGGCCAAAAGCCACAAUCUACAGAACAAAAAAACAGCCUACAGGCCAAAAACACAACAUACAGAACAAAAACCAAAAACUACAGGCCAAAAAAAAAACCCCACAACCUACAAGCCAAAAACACACAACCUAUAGAACAAAAACAGCCUACAGACCAAAACCACAACCUACAGGCCAAAAACCACAACCCACAGGUCCAAAACCACAACCUACAGGCACAAAACCACAACCUACAGGACAAAAAACAGCCUACAGGCCAAAAAACACACCAUACAGGUCAAUAGCACAUCCUACAGGCCAAAAAAACACAACCUACAGGACAAAAAAACAGCCUACAGGCCAAAACCACAACCUACAGGCCAAAAAACACACCAUACAGGUCAAUAACACAUCCUACAGGCCAAAAAAACAACCUACAGGACAAAAAAACAGCCUACAGGCCAAAACCACAACCUACAGUACAAAACACACAACCUACAGGACAAAAACCGCCUACAGGCCAAAACCACAACCUACAGGACAAAACACAUAACCUACAGGACAAAAACCGCCUUCAGGACAAAAACCGCCUUCAGGCCAAAAACACAACUUACAGAACAAAAAACACAACCUAGAGGCCAAAACACAACCUUCUGCACUGCUGCUCCAGUAAAGCAGACAUAAGCACUGAUGAUCUACUGCUAUUUUUGCCACAUGCAGAUCGCAACGACAUUUGUUAGUGUUUUUUUAUAUAAUGGGAAAGCAUGAGAAAGUAUUUUGGUUUUCUGCAUUUCAUUUCAGCCUCUGUGUUUGUGUUGGUAUUUGUUAGUAUGGGAAUGAUCAGUCUGAUCUCACAAGGAAACAUAACUAUUUUAUAUAUUGUCAGAAAAGUAGCUAAUUUGUUAGUAUUCAUACUAUUUCGGUCAUAUAGGGGAUUUUUUAAAGGAGGCGUGGCCCUAUAAACUCCACCAUUGAGGAAUGAACAAACUGUACUAAAAUUACAUGUACAAAUAAAAUUGUGUGAAUGAAUAUGAAUUAGCCACUAAAUCGGAAAGUUACCAAGCUAUGAGAUCGCAUUGGAAUGAUGUUGGCCACUUAUCGGACUACGUAAUUUUUUUUGUUUGUUUGUUUUUUACAAACCAAACAGUUUUAUCUUCAUACACGUGAACGACUGGAUGUUGAUGUGUUUUUUUCGUAGAUUUGCUACAUUAUAUUUAUCAGCCAUGUUGUUGGACGUGGAUAAUUUAAACUUAAAACGGUCAAACCUGAAGAAAAAGGCUUUUCUUCUCAAGGGCUCAUAAAAACAAACAGUGUAUUUUAUGACGACAGAAUCCAGACACCUUAAAACAUAAAUGUGACUGAUAACAGUUUGAUAUUUGGAAUAAAGAGCGUGUUUGAUCCCUUGAAAUUG